CCACGUAUGUAAUUUUGUGCGUGAUUUUUUUUUCUUUUUUAUGUAUGGCUGAUAAUUUGAACAACUUGUUAGUGAUAACUGGGGUGGAGCCGUUGCCGUCAAGUUUCUUCCAAAUGACGAGUAUGCCUACAAUGAUAGCAGUGACGAGCCUUGAAGUUAUUACCCCUGGGUUACAGGCAGGCGCGCUAACCACUUUGUUACACCAUCGUACUAUACCUUAACUAGAGCCUAACGAUUGGUCAUACUGCCGGUGGCGUUAAUUAAAUAAAUAUAUAGAUUUGUUUACUCAUUAAACAAUAGCGUAACUAUAUUUUAGGUUGGAAAAUAACAUUACCUCACCCGUCACAUUUUGUAACGAUGACGUGAACGCUGUGUGUGCUGACGUGGAGCUUUUUACUUGUCAAUCAUGCAGACCUGCUAUUUUCAUUGGAUUCAUUGUAAUGGUUUCACUUCUGGCAACGCUUAUUCUUGUGGGUAAUGGUCUUGUUAUUGCUUCGGUGUUGACCAAAUCUCGAAAACGAUCGACAACUCUUGAUUACAUCAAAGCAUCACUAGCUGCAGCGGAUUUCUUGUCCGGCAUACAAAUCGUAGCUAUCACUAUUCCAAACGUGGUAUGGUCAAUGUACUCCACUCCGGAGCAAAUCUACACCGAAUAUCUCAAAAGAUUCUUAAGCCCUGAUGCGUUUGUAGCUGGUUGCUUCUUCAUGUUAACCAUUACUGCACCACUGUUCAACCUGACGCUGUUGAGUUACACGUUUUUCGCUGUGAUAAAGUGGCCGCUAUACACCAGGACUCAAGGGAAGAAAUAUGUUGCUUUAAAAAUAUGCUUAGUGUGGAUCUGUGCAACGGUUGCUGCAUCAUACGCAGCUUGGUUUCCCCAAGUGUUUCAAUGCGGUUAUACACCGCAUGUGUUUCUCUAUCUUCCACACACUGUUGCAACAACGUCAACGGACUUCGGCAUAGUUGCUGUCAGUCUCAUAAUUCUAUCACUGUCGUACAUAAGCAUGUCCUCCUUUAAUGUGUUGUCCAGCUUCUUCGUACUGAGAGCUCGCCACAACCGCGGCGAUAUUGCGCAAUCCAGUACUGUUACCAGAUGCUUAAACAAACGAGACAUUGUUGUCCUGAAAAAUUUAUUGCUUAUGGAUUUCGGAUUCUCAAUCACAUUAAGUCCAAUUUUUGUUUGGUUUGGACUUUUCUACACGGGGAAGGCGGCAAAGAGUGCUCUGCUAAUAUGUAUCUACAUGAAGAUGUUUAACAGCCUGGUAAACGUACUGAUCUACAGUACAAGGGACGAAGAGUUUCGAACAUUUAUCACCAAAGUUUGUGGGAGAAGCAAACUUUUCAAAGCUUCGCCACCAACAACUGGUUAAAGAUGAACACAGGACAUUUAAGAAUGUAUUUAAAGUGUUUUCUGUGGGUGCAAAAUAAAUGAAACACUUGCA